AUUGAAUAAUAUUAUCUAUUAUCUAUCUAUUAUUAUUUUUAAAAUUACCUAUUAGUUAUUUACUGCUUACAUUUUUUUUUUUUUGUUAAUUAAUAUAGUAUACUCUAAUACUUGUGUAAUUAUUGCUUAACUAUGCGUUUAAACAAUGUUUUGAAUUUUCGCGAUAUGCGUCGAUAUACAAAAAAUCCACUUGAAGUUAAAUUCGAAGAACUGUUGCCGCUUAAAUUGAAGGAUAAAGUAUCUGGUAAAGGAGACAGAUCCAAAGAACGAGCAUGUGUUCAUGAAAUAUCUGUCAUGUUCGCCUGUUUUAAAAAAAAUGAAUUUGACCAAGCUCUCUGUUCAGAUGAAAUUACCAAGUUUCAAGCAUGUGCAACUAAAAAUUAUGCUGACAAGUUUAAAAGAAAACAAGACAGGCAAAAAGGAAAUAUUUCUGUGGGGAAGGAUAAUCUUACACCUAGAGAAAUCAAUUAUCUUCUGAAAAAAUAUCCAAAUCCGUAAAACUCAAUUUUUAGAAUUUGUAUUUAGGUAUAUAGGACCUACAUAUUAGCUAAUUAAACUUUAAUAUUUAUUUAAAAUGUAUAAUAUAUUUGUUAACAUUGUAUUUCAUAUGAAAAUAAAAUAUAAUAUAUCAUUUAUAUUGCUAUUAAUGUAUUAAUGAUGCCAUCAUGGAUUACAAAAAAUGUUUGUAAUUUACAAAUUGGUUCAUUAAUUUACUUUUUUCUUUUAUUUUGUUUUUUAAAAUUAAAUUAAAUGUUAUUAAUAUUUUUUUAAAAAGAACAAACUGAAUAAUAAAGAAAAUUGAUUAAAAUUA